CCUCCAUGGCGGUAUUCCCGAAAGUGUAGCCCGGGGUAAAGUUUCAGCACCACAAGCGGUAACCCCCCCGAGCUACACUUGGGAAUACACUGCAGCGCUGCUCCGGGAUCUCUUCUUCACUUACCUUGUCCUGCGCUCCCGCGAUGUCCCUCCUGCAGUGUCUCCUGUAAUGUCCUCCAGCAGAUGCCGGCAUUUGUCAUCUGGGUUCCGUUCCCUGCGACGUCGGGAUGUACGGGGGAGGGAACUGGCGGGAAAUUUGAAAAUGACAAAAUAAAUUCACUAAAAUCACAUAGUAUAACAUUCCUGUAUCAAACCAUUUCACAUACA